AUGAACAUUGAAGGUCAUGCCAGAAACUUUGAAGCACAUGAACUACCAACAAUGUUAGAUAAGAAAGCUGACAAGAACCAUACACAUGAUUUCUUCACAACUGUUGGUAUAGAAAGUAUUGAAGGAACGGUUGAAGAAACUGGUGGGGAUGCAUUAUAUUGUAAACCUCCUAACUUUCCACAAGGUUUAACAUCGGAUGACGACAUAACGACGAUGAGAAACAUUAGAUGUAAAGAUGUUUAUGUCAUGAAGGAUGAACAUAAUAUUAAAUUCACUGCUCAAGAUUUAUAUGACAAGAAAGCAGACAAAACAGAGCUUCAAACAUUAAAGACAGAAAUACUUCAAACAUUAUAUCCUAUAGGCUCUAUUUAUACGUCAAUGAACUCAACAAAUCCAGCAACAGUUUUAGGUUUUGGUACAUGGCAGCAGAUUGUAGACAAAUUCUUAUACUGUGCUAACUCUUCAAAGCAAACAGGAGGUUCGAAGAAAAUUACUGAAGCAAACCUUCCACCGCACACUCAUACAGGAACUACAAACACAACAGGUAGUCAUUCACAUUCAAUAACAAAAAGAGGUUAUACAAAUCUUGCAGCAGGUUCGGAUAGACAGGGAAUGCAUAGAUAUGAUAUUUCAAGUGACCCAGUAGAUUCAAGCGCAGGUAUUUUCUGUGGAACCGCAGGAAAUCAUUCACACACUUUCACAACAAAUCCAACAGGCUCGGGUGCAGAUUAUAUGCCACCAUUUGUGACUAUAUUCGCAUGGUACCGCGUUCAAUGA